CCUGAAUGUGCAUCAAUGGCGACCCACUUCGUCAAGAAAGUCGCCGCCAAAUUGCCCACGAAAGCUCCUCCAAUAGCCGCCGCCGCCGCCGCCGCCGCCUUCCGUUCCAAAACAACCUCGUCUCAGUACGUAGCCUCCAGAGCCAGAGACCCCACUUUCGAGAAGCUCAUGGACAAGUACAAGAACCUCCUCAAAGUGGUUGCCGUUCAAGACCUCAUCCUCGCUAGCCCCGCCAACCCACCCUCCGUGUCUCUCGACUUCCUCCGCCGCCUCUCCCAGAAGCUCCACCUCAACCGGGGUGCCCCCGCGUUUCUCCGCCGCUACCCCCACAUCUUCGACGUCUUCUACCACCCGUCGAAGUCCCAGCCCUUCUGCAGAUUAACGCCUGCCGCCGCCGAUAUUUCCCAGGAGGAAGCCGCCGCCAUCGCCGCCUCGUCGCGGGCGACCAUUGACCGGCUCGUGCGGAUUCUUUCCAUGUCGGCAUCCAAAUCGAUCCCUCUCCGAGCGAUCUUCAAGGUCUGGAGAGAGCUCGGGCUUCCCGACAACUUCGAGGAUUCGGUAAUUUCCCAAAACCCUAAUCUCUUUGAGCUCCGCGAAGGAAACGAAACCAAUACUCAUAUACUGAAACUCGUUGGUGAAAUUCCUAGCAGUAAUUUGUUAACUGCGGUCGAGAAUUGGAGAGUCAUGGAGUGUUGUAGAGAAGAUUCCGAGGUCGAUGGGUCUGAAAUUAGGUUUAGUUUCAAGCAUGGGUAUCCUCCGGGAAUGAGGCUGAGCAAGAAUUUUAGGGCAAAAGUGAAGGAAUGGCAGAGAUUUCCGUACAUUGGUCCGUACGAGGAGGCGGGGAAGAAGAAUUCGUCGAAGAGUGGAAGAAUGGGGUUGGAGAAACGCGCCGUGGGAAUAGUUCAUGAAUUCUUGAGUUUGACAGUGGAGAAGAUGGUGGAGGUGGAGAAGAUCAGCCAUUUCAGGAGUUGGUUUGGGAUUGAUUUGAACAUAAGGGAUUUGUUCUUGGAUCAUCCUGGGAUCUUUUACUUGUCCACGAAGGGGAAGAGGCACACUGUAUUCCUGAGAGAAGCUUAUGAGAAAGGGUGCUUGAUCAAGCCCAAUCCUGUGUACAACACGAGGAGGAAGCUUCUUGAUCUUGUUGUUCUAGGACGCCGUGGCUUGUUCAACUGUGAUUUGAAAUUGAGGGAUGCGGGUAGCAACCAGGAGCAGGGACGGAAAGAGGAGGAUAGAGAAGGAUGAAAGGCUUCUUAUGACGGGCUUGUUGAUCUUUUAUUGUUCAGAAUAGGGCUUUCCAAACAACUGGCCCCAAUCCCAGAUGAAGGAGAGAGGUUGCUUAAGUACCUGAGUGGUAGCCUAAAACUUAUUGGAUGAAACCACAUGAAUUUUACAUAGUGAGAUUAUUGCUUGAUAUGUUAUGGUAUUAAGGCAGUCCAAAAUACUAUUACAUGGUUUUAAGCUGUUUGUCCCGGCCCAGAUUUUUGGAGGUUCACUGGCAUACAGAAAAUGGAGAACAUUUCAUUAACCUAAUAAAUAUCUGCCACACCGUUUCACAAAGGUCGAAGAUUGAUUAUGCUUUUCAGGAGUUUCCUUUUAUUUGGAUAUUCAAGAAAAUGAUUGCUGAAGUUUUUAUGCUUUAUCUUUGACCGGGGCAAAUCAUAUUGGCAGUUGUACAGUUGUUUUGCAGGUCCGAGAAGAUUUCAGUUUGGUGGAGCCAGAUUCUAGAAGAUAAUCAUGCAAAAAUGGUGGAGAUUUGUUGGGUUUUUUGCAUGGAAGAUUAGCUCUAGAAGUUGAAGAGAAGAACCUGUUAGAAUGAAGAUAUUUUUCUGAUUGUAUUUUUUAUUCUAAGUUAGAUUAGAUAACUUAGUUAUUUUUAUUAUGAGGGGUAUGUUGGUCUUUUGUAGAGGCUAAGUUUUAAACCCUUGUAAUUGCCGCCUCCCUAUAGUCUAUAAAUAGGAGGCGAGUGCUAGCAGUCGGAUAAAUCAUACUAAAUCAUUCUGAUUGUUCUCUAGAUGCAAGUGAUGCUGUCAAGAUAGCGAGAGAGAGAGUGAAAGGCUUAGAGAUAAAAUUAGUCCUUGUAUUCUCUUGAGAGUGCAACGAACUUGUGUGAGGGAGAGUAAGGAAGUUCUUGUAUCUUGUUUCAACUGGUUUCUAGUGGAUUUAUUCUCGGAGAGAAGGUUGGAUGUAGGAUUGCUUUAAAGUAGUCCGAACCAGAAUAAAUCUGUGCUUCUUGGAUGGUUUGAUUGUUCUUAUCUUUCUUUUCCUUUCUGUUUUCAAUUGCUGUUAAAUAUAUUCUGUUGUUAUCUUGAUUUUCAGGUGAGGAGUGUAGAGAGAUUGGCAAAUAUAAGUCUUGAAUCAGUUUCUUAGAGCUCCUAAUCCUAACACAACUCAUCAUUUAGUCCUCUUAUGAAGCUAAAUACGAAAUACUCCUCAUUCAGGUAAGGAUUCUUGUUUAGCAUCCUAAACUUAAGCUCCUUGAAUUUUGCCUGAUAGCAUCGUCCCUUUUUGUCUUAGACAGUUGAAUUUUUGUACUACGUCCCAUCUUCCUCGCUCUCCAAACCUCUCCCUUUCUCACCCUGGACCAUCCUUGGAACCAUAUAUCCCCUACAUCAUGGAGAUAUGCCACAGCUAAGGCCACCCUCUGAUUAUCCGCCACACGAUGGGUCUCGAAUAAUUUCUCGCAUCGCCUUAACCACCACUGUGGUUUCACCCCUUUGAACACCGGUAGUUCCAAUUUAGGUACUGAAAAUCCAGUUUGAUGCGAGUUGAUUGGCACCUUCUGCCUUCUCUCCAGCGCUAAUUCUUCCAUCGUGGCCGGUUCUCUUUCUGACAUCGACAAUUCUACAUUACGGUGACUACCACCAAUUCUCGGUAGAAUUGGUUCCGAUCGUUCCCUUGGUGGAAAGUUGGGGGAGAUCCUCACUUGCGGUUGACCUGCAAACAUUCUCAUAAACUGUUGCAAUUGAUCGCGCAAUAGAUUUCCCUAAUCCCUUACUUCUUGCAUUUCUUCCCUUGGUUGCAUACGCGUAUCGCCCCUAAGCCUUUCUAUCAAUGCGUCUAACUUCCUAUCCACCAAUAAUUCGACCUUCUCUUCCAUCAAAUCCAUUCUGCCUUGCAUCUCGGCCACAAACGCCAAAACUUGCUGCAGUUGUGUCUCCAUCUGUCACAUCCUGGUACUGUCAGCCAUUGCUCGAUCAAUUUUGCAAGAGGGGCAGGAUCCUUGCUCUGAAACCAAUUUGUCAGAUUACAAGUCUAACAAUAGAAUUCUCGAGGAAUCGAGAAUGAGAAUUGGGAGAUAUUUGGGAGGAAAAGAGAGAUCAGAACAGAAAGGGAAAUUUAAAGGGAGAAUUGAGAGAGAAACUCAUUUCCAAUUUCAUUCAACACGAUUGGCUUUAGUGCCUGGAUCAAUUAUUUAUACUGAUCCGGCAACUUGGGUGCCAAAAACGGUUGGCCCGAAGCCAUGUGCGCUUACAACUUGGCUAUAACAUGCUGGAACAUUCUACCAGCUAUGCUUAUACUAAAAUUUAAUUACUAAUAGCCUAAUUACACAUUUAUUUAUGUCACUAGCUAGCUACCAUAACAAUCUUAUUGAGAUUCUAGAUCUUGGGAUUAUUGCCCUUACGCGGUCCCCCUUCGCUCUUGCUCUCGAUUUCAGUAGAAGAGGUAAAUCGCAGACGAGCCUUUGGCCCUUGCCUAGACCGAGUAUCGAACUCGUGACCUAUUGGUACUAAUCCUAGUAUAUCAUUUGCCUGCCACUCAACCUAUGCCUUUGGGGCGAGAUUCUAGAUCUUGGAAUUACCGCCCUUGCGAGAUUCUAGAUCUUUAUCAUAUGGCAAAUGGUUGAAGUGACAUCCAAAUGUUCCUUUCCAUUUGCUGCAGUAUUUGGUAGUUCAUAAAUUCACUUUCUGUCCCUAAUAAAUUAAAUUUAUACAUUAAGAUUUUCACUAUUUCUGUUUCUUCUUUCCC